AUGCCUAUUCUCUCCAGAGGCAGUGACCAAGACUAUAGUAACGUUAGCUACAAUUCUUGUAAUUCCUUGACCCACUUCUUUCCUGUCUCCGUUGAAACCCCUUCUGUCAAAGGGGUCCAUUACCAGAGAGCCAGGAGGAUUUACCAUCCUGAUCAAGUCUCUGCAGUCGAUCUAAAGACAGAGAUCAUGAUAAAUGUUGGAGGCAUCAAGUACCUGCUACCUUGGAGUACUUUAGAUGAAUUUCCCCUGACCAGACUGAGCAAACUUAAGUUUUGCAGCAGCUAUGAAGAAAUAAUUCAGCUGUGUGAUGAUUACGAUGAAGACACCCACGAGUUCUUCUUUGACAGGAACCCCAAUGCUUUUGGGAUGAUUGUCAGCUUUCUAGCAGCAGGGAAGCUGAUGCUCUUAAGCGACAUGUGUGCCUUGUCUUUUCAGGAGGAGCUGAGAUACUGGGGGAUUGAGGAAUCCAACCUGGAGAACUGCUGCUUUCGAAAACUAUUUCAAAAACUGCAGGAGUUGGCCGAGGUACGCAAAGAAGAGGAGCUUCGGAGGAGCAAAGAAGCUACAUGUGUCUUGGAUGAGAAAACCAAAUUUGGACAGUUUAUGAACAGACUCAGAGAUAUGGUAGAAAAUCCCCAGUCAGGACUCCCAGGCAAAGUCUUUGCUUGUCUCUCCAUUCUCUUUGUGGCCACCACAGCUAUAAGCCUUUGUGUUAGCACAAUGCCAGACUUAAGAGCUGAAGAAGACAGGGGCGAGUGUUCCCAGAAGUGCUAUUACAUCUUCGUCAUAGAGACCAUCUGUGUGGCUUGGUUUUCCCUGGAGUUCUGCCUCCGAUUCAUUCAGGCAAGGAGCAAAUGUCAGUUCUUCAAAGGACCCCUAAAUAUAAUUGACUUUGUGGCUAUUUCGCCCUAUUACGUUUCCCUCAUCUUCUCAGAAGAUGACUCAAAUGAGGAGGAUGACAGGCCAAGCAGCAACACAUAUUUGGAGAAGGUUGGUUUGGUGCUACGGGUUUUACGUGCCUUGAGGAUCUUGUAUGUAAUGCGCCUUGCCCGACAUUCCUUGGGCUUGCAGACUUUGGGCCUCACAGUUCGGAGAUGCACACGGGAAUUUGGCCUGCUUUUACUCUUCUUGUGUGUGGCUGUCACUCUGUUUUCUCCUUUGGUCUAUCUUGCCGAGAAUGAAUCUGGGAAGGUGCUUGAAUUUACAAGCAUACCUGCUUCUUACUGGUGGGCUAUCAUUUCAAUGACCACUGUGGGGUACGGAGAUAUGGUACCACGGAGCGUCCCAGGCCAGAUGGUGGCUCUCAGCAGCAUCCUCAGUGGGAUUCUCAUCAUGUCUUUUCCUGCAACAUCAAUAUUCCACACUUUCUCCCAUUCCUACUCGGAGUUGAGAAAGGAACAUGAACGACUACAAUCUCGGCUAAACAGAGUAAAAAAUGCCAAUCAGUCUGGUGAAAGUGACACCUUCAAUGAGACAGACAGCUUGAUCCUGGAGGAUCAAGCAUCACCAAUCAAAUACAUUUACACAGGGAACUAA